AUGAUGGUUGCAACUACAAUCUGGGAAUCAGAUAAUAAUAUAAAUCCUGUAGAUGAUCAGUCAUUGUCAGGCUUUGAGAACAGCCAGGAAACCAGAGCCAGCGGAAAUGAAACAUAUUCUGUCAACCCAGAACAAUCAGUUCAAGAAAAUGUUCAAGAUGAGGUUGGCAUAAAGUUUCACAUACCUGAACUGGCCACAAAUGAUACAGCUGUAGAUUAUGAGAAUUCAGCAGAGCUAGGAGAUCCUGACGUUAAUGACACGGAUGAUGAGAAAAUCUUGAAAGGGCGAUCACAAUCACAGAGGAUUAUGACAGACCAUGAAAUUAAAGAAACAUUAAAAAAUAUGUCAAGUACACGCAAUGCUAAAGAGAAAUAUGAUUUACAAAAGAAACUUGGUGAAGGGGGGUCUGGCACGGUGAUGAUGGCUAGGUGCAAAGAGUCAAAUCAAGUUGUGGCCAUCAAAAUCAUGGACUUUGACAAGCACCCUAGAAAGAAGCACAUCAUCUCAGAAAUUGAAGUUAUGAAACAACACAGACAUGAAAACAUUGUCAACUUUAUUGAAAGCUACUACCUCGACACUGAGCUGUGGGUGGUAAUGGAGUAUUUAGAUGGAGGCGCACUAACUGAUGUAGUCAAAGAGACAGUCAUGAAUGAGGGCCAGAUUGCUGCAGUGUGCCAUGAGUGUCUGAAAGCUCUGGUGUUUCUUCACAGCAACAACAUCAUCCACCGAGACAUCAAGAGUGACAAUGUACUGCUAGGGAUGACCGGUGCUGUCAAACUGACAGACUUUGGUUUCUGUGCCCAGCUGAGUGGUGACAGGGGUAAAAGGAACACAAUGGUCGGCACACCUUAUUGGAUGGCUCCAGAGAUCAUUAAAAGGAAACAGUACGACAGCAAAGUGGACAUCUGGAGUCUAGGCAUUAUGGUCAUAGAGAUGUUGGAAGGGGAGCCACCGUAUUUGGAUGAAUCGCCAAUCAAAGCUAUUUACCGAAUCACAACUAAGGGAAAACCAGACAUAAAAGACGAACACAAGCUAUCCCCAGAACUAAGGGACUUCCUUGACAGAUGUCUAGAGGUGGAUGUGACCCACAGAGCAAGCGCCAGUCAAUUGUUAGAUCAUCCUUUCCUGGAGAAAGCUGAACCACUAACAACAUUGAUUCAGACAGCCAGAGUUUACACCAUGUUCCCAGACUCACUGCCAUCAUAA